AUGCAACGAAUCAACAAGUCGUUCAAUGCUCUCCUCGAUGCCUGUGCCCGAACAGACGUCAUUGAACCUGUCACUGGGAAGACCAUCUUUGAGACAGCCGUGGACAUGUGCGACGAUGCUGCCAAUCCUGACAGCGAGUGCUUGCGCUAUCUAUUGACGCAAGGCUCUCCAAGCAAUUUGGUGAGCAGCCAUGUAUACGACGUCCUGGACUCGCGAAUUGUAAGAAUGAAAGAGCACCUUAAUGGCUGCAUUAAAAUCAUGCAGCACGGUUGGAUUUCAGAGAAAGCUCGAUCACUUGUCUUUGACUGGAUGAUUUCUUAUCUCCCAAGCCGAUCAGUCAACAAAGAUGGUUCUGCUUACAGUCCGUCGAAAACGAAGUCGGACGAGAAAGCAGCCAAGUUCUUUCCCUGGUUCUUGAACCGGCGACAGUUAGACGACUUAUGGGAUCAAGGCUUAGCAUUCUAUCGGCGCCACAGAAGUGUUCCAUCACAACAGAGAUGGAUGACAAUCCCGUGGUUGCAUAUUAAUGCCGAAAGGGGUGAUAUUGAGGCUAUCACGUUGCUCCUUAGUCGCAGCUUUCCGUCACUCAGGCCUGCCAGAAAUACUUAUUUGGGAGACGACGAAGGACCGACACCUCUUAUGCGAGCCAUUUCAGCAGGUCACAGGGAUCUCGCACGCCUGUUAAUCAAGUAUUGUGUAUUCUGGCCACGAGACAGAAAGAUACAUUGCUGCCAUAACGGUAGCUCCUCUACCGGGACAUUCACUUGCAAUAUAUGUCCCUAUGGACAGAGGUCUGCUUUUGAGCUCGCGUUCCAGCGAGGUGAUGUUGAGCUGGUAGAGGAGAUUCUUCGAGCGGUACCUUGCCCGGUGUUUUCCAGAAUUGAGAAGUGUGAAAUGCCACGAGUCUUGAGUCAUGGCAAUGCAAUGGCAGAAUGGGCCCGAAUAAGGCUACCCUUGGAAUGGUUUUCAGAGACUGACACUAUCAUUGAGUUGUAUCGCAAAGGCACCCUACCCCACGAAACGCUGAAACGAGUCGAUCAGAAGAUGAAGAAUCUGACCAAGCUACGCGUGGAGAUUUCAGAGAUUCGAAAUGCUUGCAUAGCCCGAGCCAGAAGCAUCGAACGCGAGAGAGUGGGCUAG